GAAACUUUUCCCAAUCCCUAAAAGGGACUUGACUUCUUUUUCCGGGCUCGGCAGGGCAGCCAGUCUGACCCCGCUCGCUGACCCCCAGGGCUACCGAUUUGCGGGGAGGCUUGGAGAGCCGCCGUACCCCUCCCGGCACAGACCAGGGGGCCAGCCUCGGUCCACUGCGCGCGCGGAGUCUCCGCCGCGUCCCCAGCCGCCCGCCCGGGCUGCCACCCGCCGGGUCCCGAGAGCGAGCGAGCGAGCGAGCAGGGGCCGGCGCUGCGCUCGCCCGGGGCGCGCCCUCCAGGAUGCUGAUCCCUCCAGUCAGCUGAAGCGAGCGUCCCUUCUCCGUCCGAAGGCGGGAGCCGAGCGUCGGCGCCUCCUCCACCUCGUCCCCGAGACUUCCCAGCUCCCUUCCACUCUCGCUCGCUCACUCUCGCUCUCUCGCUCUCGCAGGGCCUUCCUCACGGUCCGUGCGAACAGGCGGUGGCGAGCCGUCUCGGACGCAGCAUGCAGGCGCGCUACUCCGUGUCCGACCCCAACGCCCUGGGAGUGGUGCCCUACUUGAGCGAGCAGAAUUACUACCGAGCGGCGGGUAGCUACGGCGGCAUGGCCAGCCCCAUGGGCGUCUUCGGGCAUCCGGAGCAGUACGGCGCGGGCAUGGGCCGCUCCUACGCGCCCUACCACCACCACCAGCCCGCGGCGCCCAAGGACCUGGUGAAGCCGCCCUACAGCUACAUCGCGCUCAUAACCAUGGCGAUCCAGAACGCGCCCGAAAAGAAGAUCACCCUCAACGGCAUCUACCAGUUCAUCAUGGACCGCUUCCCCUUCUACCGGGAGAACAAGCAGGGCUGGCAGAACAGCAUCCGCCACAACCUCUCGCUCAACGAGUGCUUCGUCAAGGUGCCCCGCGACGACAAGAAGCCCGGCAAGGGCAGCUACUGGACCCUGGACCCCGACUCCUACAACAUGUUCGAGAACGGCAGCUUCCUGCGGCGCCGGCGGCGCUUCAAGAAGAAGGACGUGCCCAAGGAGAAGGAGGAGCGGGCAACCUCAGGGCCGCCCCCGGGGGCCAGGGCCAUGCGCGCCAUGAGCCUGUACACGGGCGCCGAGUUGCCGGCGCACAUGUGCGUCCCGCCGGCGCUGGACGAGGCCCUCUCGGACCACCCGAGCGGCCCCACGUCGCCCCUGAGCGCCCUCAACCUCGCCGCGGGCCAGGAGGGCGCGCUGGCCGCCGCGGGACACCACCACCAGCACCACGGCCACCACCACCCGCAGGCGCCGCCGCCCCCGCCGGCUCCCCAGCCCCCGUCGGCGCCGCAGCCCGCGGCCGCCGCGGCCCAGGCGGCCUCCUGGUAUCUCAACCACAGCGGGGACCUCAACCACCUCCCCGGCCACACGUUUGCGGCCCAGCAGCAGACUUUUCCCAACGUCCGGGAGAUGUUCAACUCCCACCGGCUGGGGAUUGAGAACUCGACCCUCGGGGAGCCCCAAGUGAGCGGCAACGCGAGCUGUCAGCUGCCCUACAGAUCCACGCCGUCCCUCUACCGCCACGCCGCCCCCUAUUCCUACGACUGCACCAAAUACUGACCGGCUCCGGCUUCGCCUCGCGGACGCGGCCCCCUCCGACAGUUCAGCCCUGCAGAGAACCCAGACAAGACCGCCAGCCUUUUCUCAGACCCGGGAGCAGAGCGCGCGCCGGCUCCGGCCCUCGGGGACGCUGCAGGUAACUUAAACUCGCCGUCCUGUUUCUGAGAUUCUUGAGAAGGCCCCCGUGAAGGGACGUAGCCCAACGAAAUAAAUAUUAAGACCCCCCUCCCCUACCAGGAUGGCUGUGCUCUCUGCUCCGCUCGGGGUUUCCAAAAUUAAAUUAUGGACCAAAUCCCAUAGCGACCCAGUAAUGACUCUCUGUAGAGACCUCCAUAGGUUUAUGGCGCUCUCUAUAGAUUUUUGUAUGUGCUGUGUGUAAUUUUAAAUUUCUCUAACCGUGCUGUACAAAUGUGUGGAUUUGUAAUCAGGCUAUUUUGUUGUUGUUGUUGUUCAGAGCCAUUAAUAUAAUAUUUAAAGUUGAGUUCACUGGAUAAUUUUCAUCUUGCCCAACCAUUUCUAACUGCCAAAUCGAAAAUCCAUAAAAACCUAUGUGGGGUUUCCCCCUUGUACAAUUACGAGACUUAAUUCUUUUCCCAGUUGUAGGUCUUUUACAAAACAAGAACAUAAUUUAUUUUUUGUUGCUGUUGGCCAAGAAAGAAGUCAAGUAUCUGAUACUUUUUAUUUACAAAGUGUGAUGGUUUUGUAUAGUAGAUUUCUCCUUGAGCAUUCCUAAAAGAAAAGAAAAAAAAACUUUAAAAAAUUUAACGUCACCUGUGUUUGUCUUAUGUGGUCUUACUUGUUGUACGUACCUUAAAAUAAACCCAUGUUGUUUUUCUGCCCCAAAAA